CGGGGGAGACGGCGGCUCGGCGGGGUCAUCCGCGCGCAGGCGCAGUGCGGUGUUUGUCUGCCGGACUGACGGGCGGCCGGGCGGUGCGCGGCGGCGGCGGGGAAGAUGGCGGCGUCCUCCCUGGAGCAGAAGCUGUCCCGCCUGGAAGCAAAGCUGAAGCAGGAGAACCGCGAGGCCCGGCGGAGGAUCGACCUCAACCUGGAUAUCAGCCCCCAGCGGCCCAGGCCCAUUAUUGUGAUCACUCUAAGCCCUGCUCCUGCCCCGUCCCAACGAGCAGCCUUGCAGCUCCCGCUGGCUAAUGAUGGCGGCAGCCGCUCCCCGUCUUCCGAGAGCUCCCCGCAACACCCUACGCCGCCCGCCCGGCCCCGCCACAUGCUGGGGCUGCCACCCACCUUGUUCACACCCCGCAGCAUGGAGAGCAUUGAGAUUGACCAGAAGCUGCAGGAGAUCAUGAAGCAGACGGGCUACCUGACCAUCGGGGGCCAGCGCUACCAGGCAGAAAUCAACGACCUGGAGAACCUGGGGGAGAUGGGCAGUGGCACUUGCGGCCAGGUAUGGAAGAUGCGCUUCCGGAAGACAGGGCACGUGAUCGCCGUCAAGCAAAUGCGGCGCUCGGGGAACAAGGAAGAGAACAAGCGCAUCCUCAUGGAUCUGGACGUGGUGCUCAAGAGCCACGACUGCCCCUACAUUGUGCAGUGCUUCGGGACCUUCAUCACCAAUACGGACGUCUUCAUUGCCAUGGAGCUCAUGGGCACGUGCGCCGAGAAGCUCAAGAAGCGGAUGCAGGGCCCCAUCCCCGAGCGCAUCCUGGGCAAGAUGACGGUGGCGAUCGUGAAGGCGCUCUACUACCUGAAGGAGAAGCACGGCGUGAUCCACCGAGACGUCAAGCCCUCCAACAUUCUGCUGGACGAGCGGGGCCAGAUCAAGCUGUGCGACUUCGGCAUCAGCGGCCGCCUCGUCGACUCCAAAGCCAAGACGCGGAGCGCUGGCUGCGCCGCCUACAUGGCACCUGAGCGCAUUGACCCUCCAGACCCCACCAAGCCAGACUAUGACAUCCGGGCCGACGUGUGGAGCCUGGGUAUCUCCUUGGUGGAGCUGGCGACGGGACAGUUUCCGUACAAGAACUGCAAGACGGACUUUGAGGUGCUCACCAAGGUCCUGCAGGAGGAGCCCCCGCUCCUGCCCGGUCACAUGGGCUUCUCAGGGGACUUCCAGUCCUUCGUCAAAGACUGCCUUACUAAAGAUCACAGGAAGAGACCAAAGUAUAAUAAGCUACUUGAACACAGUUUCAUCAGGCGCUACGAGACGCUGGAGGUGGAUGUGGCAUCCUGGUUCAAGGACGUCAUGGCGAAGACUGAGUCGCCCCGGACUAGCGGAGUCCUGAGCCAGCACCACCUGCCUUUCUUCAGGUAGCCACGUGGUGGCGGCCAGCCCUGCCGGGGGCCAGGGGCAUGGCCACAGGCCCCCCUGCCCCACCCGGCCACCCAGCUGCCCGCCAGGGGAGACCUGGGACCUGGACGGCCGCCAAGGGCUGAGGACAGAAAGUAGGGGGCGCCGAGCCACCCCCGACUCCCUGCCCACCAGCCGUGGACAGACGGGCCACCAGGCCCAGCCCUUCCUGACCCGGGCUCAGCCGGCCGUGCGUCCCCCGACAGACACUGUGAACGGAAGACAGCAGGCCGCGAGCAGACUCGCUAUUUAUUCAGCCGUAACCUCUGGGCUGGGGCGGCCCCCAGGGGCUGGGAGAGAGCCGCCCGUCCUGCACCCUCCCACACUCGCCCCCGCGGGCUCUCCCCUCCGCCUUGUCCCACGCACACGCUUCCUGGCCCCGUGUCCCUCUCUGUCACCUCCCUCUCUACCUCUCUGGCUUUCCCAUCGCCUUCCCUGCCUCUGCCUCUCUCCUGGCCCAAGCCUGCCCCCCUACCCGCGGGACCCCUGGGGCCACAGGCCACCAGCGAGCAAUGAGUGGCGUCCUGGCCGUGGGAAGGCGUGCUGAGCAUUGCGACUGCAGCCGGCCCUGGGCCGGUCUCUCUCUGUCUCUCUCUCUCUCUCUUUGAUCUCAGGGGGUCCUUUUUGGAGUUUAUUGUAUUUUAUUGUACUUGGUGGGGCGUUUGGGGGUGGGGGGGAGGAGAAGAGCUCGUCUCAUGGGGUUUGUCGGUACCUUCAGAAACUUUUACCAAAGUCAUGUUGAGCUGCUUGUGGGGGAGCCCCCACCCGCCCACCCGUGGGCAGUGGAGGGCUGGGGGCCGAGCUGGGGGGCCUGGGCCGCUGCGCAUUAUCGGCCCAGCCCAGCCCAGGAGAGACUGGUCCUGAAGGUAGGCUCUGGGGGCUCCUCCUCCCUCAGGGCUGGAGACUGGCCACAGCUUGAGGGGGUGAGUUGAGGACCUCAGGGGGCGCGGAGGGAGCCCAAGGGGCCGUGGCCACCCAGGGUGGCCUUCAGGGAAGGCAGGCGCGGGGCGAGGUGGAGGGCAGGAGACGCCGGUGCAGCAGGGAGGCGGCAGAGGGAAGGGAUGGCGGGAGUGGGGGCCGCGGGGCCCAGGGAGGCAGGACGGAGGGUGCAGGGAGUGGAUGCGGGGGUUCUAGGACGUGUGACAGGGACAGAGGUGGGCAGGCCGAGGGCUGGGCGUGCGGAGGCAGUCACGCCCUCAUGGUGCCCCUGAGCGCCCCUCGACUCACCCAGGGCUGGCCAGUCCCUAGCCCGCCUGGAGGCCAGGCCGUGGUCCCCCCAGCCCUCCGCAGCAGCCAGAGCAGGAGGGGGGGGGUCUUUCUUUUUGUUGGUCAUGCAUGCAAAUCAAGUGGACAACAAACAAAGUAACAAAAAAAAAGAAAAAAAAAAACCCCACAAAACCAUAAAAACCAACCACACCAAAGGUGAGGCCCCUCGCUGGCUGUAGCCGCCGCGUCUAGACUAAGGCGGCCCUGUAGCCUCUGUCCUCUGACUCCUUACUCGCCGUGGUCACAAGAUGCCGCAUGUGUCAGAAGUACUCCAAGUCAUCCUCUCUCUGCCCCCCGGGGCACGGCCACCUUCUCUGGCCCCAGGUCCCCUUUGUGAGGGGAUGGGGCAGGGUGGGGGGCCACAAGCCCGGUCUCCGCUCCCUCCCUGGCCGGGCCCACAGCCCCAGGGGCCUGAGCGGGGAGCCCGAAGGGCGCGUGGCUGGUCCCAGGGCCCGCGCAGGCCCGAGCCCGGCUGCCUCGGUUUCUUUUUAUUUAACUUUCUUUUCUGUUUUGUGAGUGUGUGUCCGCCCCCCCCCCCCUUCAGUGUUAAGUGGAAGUCCUGGGGGAGCCUCUGUUCCCCCUCUCCCACGUCACGUCCUCCCCUGCGUCACCGGUCACCAGCCAUCCCUCUCAACCAGGCAGAGGGCGGAGCCGGCAGGCAGGGGCCUGGGGCGGCCUGGCCCAGCCCACUGGCCCAAGACCCCUCUCAGGCCGCCAGUAUUGCCCUGUCCGUUUUUAAAACGAAACGCCCUCGUUUGUAAAUCCUUAGACGCUUGAGAAUAAAACCCUUCCCUUUUCUUCCACU